UACUUAUCUCAUCCAAGCAGAGGGAUUCCCUUCAUCGUUGAGCACUCGUCACACUGCUGUUGUGUCAAUAACGUUCAUUAGAGCUGAAUACUCCAUAGAUCAAUGUAACACUGGACCCUAAUGAUAAAUAUAGGAGGAUAAUUCAAGGAUGACCACCGGGAUAAUGAGUAACCUCACUAGUAAUUUCACUCUAAAAGGAUGCUCUCUGGUGCAGGAUUAGCUCUCCUCCUGCUCUGGGCCACAAUCACUAUACCCUCUCUUGGUCAGGCCUGUCUGUGCACGAGUCUCCCGCCAACUGGUCUGCGAGUCAACUGCACCUCUCGUGACCUCGCGGCGUUGCCUCCUCUGCCGUCAGACACCACAGAACUCCUCAUGCAGGACAACGGCCUCACCACUAUCCCCUCGGGCCUUUUUGACGGACUGGCGGGCCUCCAAAGAGUCUCUCUCUCUGGUAACCUUUUCCACUGUGACUGCGGCAUUGAGUAUUUGAGGAACUGGCUGCUAAGGAACAAGGCUGUGGUCUCUCAGGAGCCCACCUGCUCCAGUCCCACCUCUGUGGCUCAGAAAGCUAUCAGUGAACUCACUGAUGACUACUUUACCCAGUGCGCCCUGAGAGGAUGCUAUAGUAGCUCUUACGUCAUCGUCAUGGGAUUGUUGCUCUGCUGCCUCGUGGUUUUACUUGUUUGGAGUCUGAGACUUGCAAAAAACUGCACCUUUACGCUGCACAUUGAGCAAAAUCACUCGGUGCUCCAUGCUGACUCUUUUAGUCCACUGAGGGGGAGACAUGCGAGGAUGCUGUCUGUCAGUGCAGAUCGUCAUCUUCCUACUGAAGAUCUGGAAAGGUCUCCUGUCAACAUGGAGUUGCUACCGCAAGUGUUGGACGUACUACACAAAAAACACAAUAUCAAGAUAAAAGUUAUCUGAGGGACCUACUACAACUCAUGUCAUGAUAACACUACACAAAUGCAACGUAUUUAUUAUCCAAGGUUCACAUUGAUGGAAUAAAAGCUUAUUUUGGCAAUAAAUGCAAUGUUAAA